GACAUCCAUCGAUGGCUCCUUUUUGGAUCCACUCCCGUUGGAGAUCGAUGUCAUCGGAGGUGGUGGCGGAUAUUUACAUAUCGCGUGUGCAGCAAGUCGUCAAUGCACGUCCACGGUUGGCUACUACGCACAUCGCCUGACUGGUCCGUGAGCGCAACAACGAGGAUUUUCAACCUGGCAAGGUUCCAAGAUUCCAGGUUUUCAACGGUGAUCAUCAUGGCCCAAAGAAAGGAUCGCAACCGAUAUGAAUGAACUCGGCACCGUCCAUUACUGUUUUUCAAAAGCGACUUAUCCUCUCCAAUCAGCACUUGACGAGUCGCACGCAAGCAUAUCCUGGUGUGCGCCGAAAAGGUGAUCGGCAUCCACCGCUUCUAGCAUGGAAGCAUUUUCGGCAGCCGGAAGUAACACCACCUGACAGCUGUUCUGGGGUGUGGUGGCCGUAUUUGGCGGACGCUCCGACACGCCGUGACCCUCUCAUCUCAUGCAUGGGUGGUGAACACGACCGUGACAACUCAAAAAGGUGGACUCGUACAAGCGGCGCGGGUCUGGCCGACGAAUCUGACGAGCCAGACAGACAAGACGAAGCUGAAAGAAAAAAGUUUGGGGAAAGGCUUCCUCGGAUUCUCAAUUGUGUAUGGCCAGUCUUGGAGAUUUGCUUUCGGACUAGACUAGUCCCAAAAUCGAAAGCACUGCAGCUGUCAGCGCCAACCAAUCAUCCGCGAUAUCGUGACUGCAUCCAGCCAGACCUUCAAGUCGACCUGCAUAAGGCGGUCGGACGAACAAAUAAAAAUAUUCCACCUCGUGCACUGCAACGACGAGAAGGCGGCGCGAGCGUGUGGGUGGUGCGCUCCCACGGCCGCGUCGCAAUUGCACAGUGCGAUCAGCGGCGAUCGAAUCAGAUAUCGUAGACGCCUUUGCGGCAAACAAAUGAAACACGCCAGAAACCUUCUCCCUUCUCUCACUACGACAACUCGGGGCGAUUUAUACCAUUUUAGGGUUGAUUCUUCCGCCUGCCGAACGAAGUCACAUAACGUCACUUGGCCAGUCGACGUUCGAUGAUACGCUCGCUGCACUAACUGACGGACACGCUUCAGCUUAGACGAUCGAACCGUCUUGUGAGUUCCUAUUCCGUAUGAUCCCUCGGGAAGACUCUCCUGAAUAGGGCGGAAUCGUUGCAUCUUA